ACCUGAUGUUCAACCUCUUAAACGCAGCAGCAGCUAUGAAAUCCUACUACCUCACAUGUCGGAGCUGAGGAUGGUUCUGCUGGGAGGCAGCUGGCCUAAGAGGAACUCAGUGGGGAACUUCAUAUUGGGAGUGGAUGCUUUUAAUAAAAAACGUCAGUUCUGUUUGAGAAUCAGUGGAACAGUGAAAGAGGACAAAAUCAUCGUCAUCAAUACUCCAGAUCUGCAGUUUCCUACAGCAGACAAACUGACAGAGUUUGUAAAAGAUUGUACGAGUGUCUCUGAUCCUGGACCUCAUGUGUUCCUGUUGGUUCUGCAGCCUGAAACUUUCACUGAGGAACAGAAAGAUAUUCUCUGCAGAGUGCUCCAGAGUUUCAAUGAUCAAUCAUUUAAUCAUUCACUGAUUCUGAUUUUACCUCCCAGACAGAAACGUUCAGGUUUGAUGGAAGAUUACAUGAAACAGCCUCCGUUAAAGGAGAUGAUCAGAAAAUGUAGAUACAGAUAUCUGAUGCAGAAGAACCUUGAACUUCCAGAGCUGCUGACACGCUGUGGUCAGAUUGUUAAAGAG